AUGGUUAAGGGUAGCCAAAUUUUCACUCUUUCUGUGACCCUUUUGUUUUUUAUCAUUUGUGGAAAGACCUAUGGAACAGACACUGACAUAUUCUGCUUGAAAAGCAUCAAAGAUUCCUUAGAAGAUCCUCACAAGCAUCUGCAAUCUUGGAACUUCAGCAACAAAACUGAAGGCUUUAUCUGCAACUUCAAUGGUGUUGAAUGUUGGCACCCUGAUGAGAACAAGGUCUUGAAUCUCAAACUUUCACGCAUGAGUCUGAGAGGUCCCUUACCUCAUGGCAUUGGAAACUGCACAAGCUUAACAGGGUUAGAUCUUUCAGGAAACAAUCUCAGUGGAAGCAUUCCAGAAAAUAUUGCCACUCUUGUACCAUUUAUUACAUCUCUUGAUCUAUCUUCAAAUCAGUUUUCUGGGGCUAUACCUUUGAGUCUUGCAAAUUGCACCUACAUCAACACCAUUAAACUUGAUCAGAAUCAUCUGAGUGGUCAGAUUCCUCAGCAAUUGGCCCUUCUGCCACGGCUCAGGAUUUUUACUGUUUCCAACAAUUCAUUGAUGGGACCAGUUCCAAACUUUACCAAUGGUCAUGUUGUGGUAAACUAUUCAAAUAAUGAAGGGUUGUGUGGACCUUCGUUGAAGCCUUGCCCCAACAAUUGA